AUGAAUCCAAGCCAGGCCUACUUUGUCCCAGACAGCCACCAUCAAGUAGAGCCGUCCUGCAGUUGUCAAUAUCAGGAACAUACACUUGAAAGAUCUUGUCGACAAUGGAGCUCUUCUUCAGACAACUCAAUUGAUGGCUGGACUGCCGUCAACUCGUCCCCCCGUACCCAGUUUUCGGUCACUCCUCGAGUGAAUUCAGCCUACCAGAUCAGCACGCAUGAUGGAGACUCUUCAUCGGCCUGCAUCUUUGCACACUGUCUGAUCCCAGGACGAGGAGAACCAAUCUUCAACGCUGCCGUCGGCAUCUCUCUCGACACUGGAUCCAUCACCUUUGUUGGGCCCCAGUCAGAGCUACCUCGAUCUCUCGCGUCACUACCGCGAGUGUCGGUGCAAUAUCUCCUGCCAGGCCUCUGGGACUGCCACACUCAUUUCAUCGGUACUAUCAAAGUCGAUUUUCCCGAUAUGAUCCUGACUCACCCUGCAACUCUGGGAGCUGCCAUCACACGCGGCCUCCACCAGACUCUCAUGGCUGGGAUUACCUCGGUGAGAGAUGUGGGCUCUUACGCGACCGAAGUGGCUCCUCUAGUGGAAAGGGGCAUAAUUCUUGGGCCAAACAUCUUUGGAGCCGGUGGUGCUAUCGGCAUAACAGGUGGCAGUUGUGACGCUUGCACUCUACCUUCUGAUUUUGUCUACUCGCGUCAAGGCACUUCGGGUAGCAAUCCUUGGCCCGGUGUUAGUGCUCUUGUGCUAGCCGACGGAGUAGACGAAUGUCGUACCGCCGUUCGACAACAGAUCAGGCGAGGAGCCCGAUGUAUCAAGGUGGUUGCGACCGGUGGUGUUCUCAGCACUCAGGACAACCCAAAGUACAGGCAGUAUUCGGAUGCAGAGCUUGCUGCUCUGGUUGACGAAGCCACUCUACAGGGCCGGUCUGUGGCUGUUCACGCGCACGGAAAGGAUGGUAUCAUGGCAGCCGUCAAGGCAGGUGCUCACACAAUCGAGCAUGGGAGCUACAUCGACGAUGAAGCGGCAGAGCUGAUGGCAGAAAAGGGCGUCACGCUCGUGGCGACUCGUCAUGUCAUCGAGGCGGGACUCAAGAAUCUUGACAAGCUCAACCCGCCUACGGCUAAGAAGAUGGUCAACAUUGCCGAGUCUCACUUGAGGGCAUACCAGACCGCCGUGCGCAAGGGGGUCAAGAUCGCCCUCGGCACCGACAUCGCCGCAUCCGACCCGGCGUCAGACACGGCCCAUGGCAAGAACGGCGAUGAAGUUGCUUACGCUGUCAAGGCGGGCUUGACUCCGCUACAGGCCAUCGAAGCUGGGACCAUCAACUCGGCUGAGACACUUGGAGCCCUUGCCCCAAAGAAGGGGCUUAUCCAGAAGGGUUGGGAUGCUGACCUGAUUGCUCUUGAAGAGAAUCCCCUAGAUGACAUUCACCUCUUCAGCAGCCCAGCGAAGAUUAAGUAUGUAUGGAAGGGCGGAUUGCUGGUCAAGUCACCUCAGGGUCAGCUUCUAUGGCCUGCUCCGUUAUGA